AUGGCACUCUCAAGUGGAAAAGGUGAAAAAGUGUCUAAAUUUGAGAUGCUGAAGCUUUUGGAGACCUGCAGAAAGGAAAGGGACGAUGCCAUGCAGAGAGAAAGUUCACUCAGGGAAAAACUGAGGCAGUAUGAGUCGAGGAUGCGUUCAACUGAGGCUAUCAAACAAAAACUGAAGACUUUGACAAUAGACAACAAGGAGCUGAGGAAACAAGUGAAAGCUCUUCGGACGGAACUUGGACUUGAGUGCAGCCCUAACUUCAGUGGAAAGACCACCAAGGACAUCAUCAAAGACUUGCACGAAAAGGAGUUUGAGUGCAUUUCUCUCAUGGAGAAGGUUGAGAAAUUCAGUUUGACCAUUGACAACUUGGCGUCAGAGCUGGCAAAUACAGCCACCUCGAAAUUAAUUUUAGAGGAUCAAGUGCAGACACUGCAGCACAAUCUCAAGGACAUGACAAAUAGUCAACGCCGCCUGCUGAAGUUGUGGGGAGACAGGAAGGUCCAAAGGGAUCAUCUCGCCCUACCUGCAAUCAUCCAGAAACCAUCCAUCCACAAAGUGGUUCAAACUGACAUGUCCAUCGGCUCAUCCCAGAAGCUUCCAUCAAAUGCUUUUGAGGCCAAGCCAUUUUCUGGGGACAAUGACAAAAAGAGUGUUUUUGAUAAAUGCAGUUUUCCAUCUUUUGGAAAUGACUAUCAUCAUGAAAAGAAGGAUUUUCAUGCUUGA